CCAAUGAUUCACCGAGUGAUUGCCGCAAGUCCAGCCGGGAGCCAACUUCAGGCACCGACGAGUCCAGCACGAGUGUGACCAAUAACAACUUUUGGUCAACACCAGGGAUAUCGGGCCCAAAAUGUUACUACGGUACUUUGUGGGAAACAAACUAACGCGAUGCGUAAACUUUUUUUGCAAAUGGUUCACUCGUCGCAUUUAAACAUACAGUAGUUUUAAGACAUUCGUUGCAGUUUCCUCACUCUGGUGGUAAAUGGUAGCUGUUUAUACACGCACCUCUCGGGGUGAUUUUUUUUUUUUUUAAAAACUUGUAGCUGGCGGCUCCAUUCUUUUCUCUUUUAUCCCUCUCAGCAACAUCAGGGCAGCGGUCGAAUCCAAAUCAAAGGCGGUGGCUGACCUGCCCAGGUGGGAUUGGCCGUAAUUACAAAAGUGGUGGGGCGCGCAGUUAGGAGCUCAAAGCACGGAAUUGUGGCCAUCGACUAGAAACGUGGAAAGAAAAAGAACGAAAACGGCUUUUUAACAUGGCUAGGAGAGAUCGCCUCACGCUGCUCCAGGUCUGUUUCGUCAUCGCAUGUGUGUUAAGUGCUAACGUUUCUUUGGGAUACGUAUAUAAUCGCCAGAGGAGAUCCGAAGACUGGGACGAGGUGCUGCCAGAUGCGGAGCUCUUUCUUUCAGAUUCCCCCCGGAUUAAUACUUCUGGAUCUUGCAAGAACAGAUGCUUUGAGUUGUAUGAAGCAGAACCUCCUAACUGCCGCUGUGAUAAUCUGUGCAAAACAUACAACCGAUGCUGUUCAGAUUUUGAUGAGCACUGCUUAAGAACAGCUCGGGGCUUUGAAUGUACUAAGGAUCGCUGUGGAGAAGUCAGACUGGAACAGAAUGCUUGCCACUGCUCUGAUGACUGUAUGGCGAGAGGAGACUGUUGUACCAACUACCUUGUGGCUUGCAAAGGAGAAAGUCAUUGGGUGGAAGAUGAAUGUGAGGAGAUGAAAUCCCCUGAAUGUCCAGCUGGAUUUGUCCGCCCACCUCUGAUGAUUAUCUCUGUUGAUGGGUUCCGAGCUACUUACAUGAAGAAAGGCAGCAGUGUAAUUCCAAAUAUUGAUAAAUUAAGAUCAUGUGGUACUCAUUCACCAUAUAUGAGGCCUGUAUACCCAACAAAAACUUUUCCUAAUUUAUAUACUCUGGCCACGGGACUCUAUCCAGAGUCGCAUGGGAUUGUUGGAAAUUCAAUGUAUGACCCAGUGUUUAAUGCAACCUUUACACUAAGAGGCCGUGAAAAACUGAGUCACCGAUGGUGGGGAGGACAACCGAUCUGGGUGACUGCUGAAAAACAAGAUGUGAAGGCUGGUACUUUCUUUUGGCCUGUUGUAAUUCCACUUGAACGUCGUAUCCUGACUAUGCUUCACUGGCUACAUCUCCCUGACUCUGAAAGGCCCUAUGUGUACGCGUUCCAUUCAGAGCAACCAGAUAUAGUUGGACACAAGCAUGGACCUCUAAGCAGUGAAUUGAUCAACCCUUUGAAAGCAAUAGACCGAGUAAUAGGACAGCUUAUGGAUGGCUUGAAACAGCUGAAACUGCAUCGCUGUGUGAAUGUAAUUCUUGUUGGUGAUCAUGGAAUGGAAGAAGCCAGCUGUGACAGGACUGAAUAUAUCAGUUCUUUCGUGUCAUAUGUUGAUGACAUUUUUUUGAUACCUGGAUCUUUAGGAAGAAUCCGUGCACGGUACCCUAAUGAUUCAAAAUAUGACCCUAAAGCAAUUGUUGGAGAUCUUACAUGUAAAAAAUCUGAUCAGCACUUUAAGCCCUAUUUGAAGCAACACCUUCCCAAAAGGCUUCACUAUGCAAAUAACCGAAGAAUUGAAGAAGUACAUCUCCUUGUUGAGAGGAAAUGGCAUGUUGCAAGGAGACCUGGUGAUGGUGGGAAGCAUCCUGGAAGAUGUGCAUUUUUAGGAGAUCAUGGCUAUGACAACAAAAUUAAUAGUAUGCAGACUAUAUUUCUGGGCUAUGGACCAUCAUUUAAAUACAAGACAAAAGUUCCAGCUUUUGAAAAUAUAGAAUUAUACAAUGUCAUGUGUGAUCUUCUGGGAAUAACCCCUGCUCCUAACAAUGGCACUCAUGGGAGUUUGAACCACUUAUUGAAAAAUACCUUUUUUAAGCCAACAGUGCCUGAAGAAGUAACCAAGCCAUCACAUCCUUCUUCAGUCUUCAUACAGUCUGAUUUAGGGUGUUCUUGUGAUGAAAAGAAUAAAGGUGAAGAACUGAACCAACGUUUGAUCAAUAAAGGUUUAGAUGAUGGUAAACAUCUGCUCUAUGGCCGCCCAGCCGUUAUGUUCCGCAUGAAAUACAGUAUUUUGCAUCACAGUGAUUUUGUAAGUGGAUAUAGUGACUCUCUAUCGAUGCCACUGUGGACUUCAUAUACUAUUAACAAACAGAUAGAGGUUUCCAACAUUCCUGAAUCCCUAAGUAACUGCCUAAGGCCUGAUGUACGUAUACCACCUUCUAGCAGCCAGACUUGUUCAGCCUACAAAGCAGACAAGCAGAUGUCCUAUGGUUUUCUGUAUCCCCCUCAGUUGGCCUCUUCUUCUGAUGCUAGAUAUGAUGCCUUUCUUAUAACGAAUGCUGUUCCAAUGUUUCCUUCAUUUAAAAAAGUGUGGAGUUUCUUCCAAAGGACUCUUCUGAAGAGAUAUGCAACAGAACGCAAUGGAAUCAAUGUGAUAAGUGGACCAGUCUUUGAUUACGAUUUUGAUGGCCUCCAUGACACUUCAGACAAAAUCAAACAGUUUGUUAGUGGCACAAUACCAGUUCCAACGCAUUACUACAGCAUUUUAACCAGUUGUCUGGACUUUACUCAGACUGUUGAUAAAUGUGAUGGGCAGCUUAGUGUGUUUUCCUUCAUUCUUCCUCAUAAAUCUGAUAAUGAAGAAAUGUGCAAUAGUUCUGAAGAAGAAUCCAAAUGGGUUGAAGACCUAAUCAAGAUGCAUACAGCAAGAGUGAGAGAUAUUGAAAUCCUUACGGGAUUGGACUUCUUUCGCAAAACUAGCAGAAGUUACACAGAGAUUCUUUCUUUAAAGACUUACUUGCAUACUUAUGAGAGUGAAAUUUAAAUAGCAAAUUUAGUUCCAACCAUCUAACUCACAGGUUUAUAUUUUUAUACUGUGUUGUAUUUAUUAUUUCUAGUAACGGUCCUAAAGAAAUUCUGUUUUAAUCACAUGUAAUAGUUUACUGGUGUGUUGUCAGAUAAGCAUGUAUCAGAUUUAUUAUUUUAUUAGUCUUUAGACAGUUUUUAUUUUAAACAGUAUAUGAAAUACUGUGGCUUUGAAAGCUCAUAAUUAGAUGGUGCUGCAGACAAAUAUCCUGAGUCCUGUACUGUAUUAAACAAUGAGCUCAUAAAUAUUUCAUUAGUAUUAUUAACUUGCCUAAUGCCAUAUAAACCAGGUAAAUCUCUGAUUGUAUUAAACAGUAUUUUAAUGAACAAAAUGUUGAUUUCUGUACAAAAAUAUCUUUUAAAUAGUGUUUUUAUUUAACAUUUAUUAUGGAUUUCCUAGAGUUCUGUAAAUCUGCCUGUUAAUAUUUGAGGCACUUUAAAAUAUAAUUUUACACUUCCUUAUUUCGCCCAUUACAUAUUUGUUUCAUGUAAGUUUUGUGUUCUGUACACAGGCAGAAAUGAAACUCAAAAAAAAGUGGUGCUUUAAAAGUCUAAUUUCUUUCAUCUCUCAUUUCUUUUCUAAUGCCCUGAUCUGGUUUGUUGUGGUAGCAAGCUGAGCACAGGUACAAGGCAGGCCCUUGGAUUCCAAAGACAAUCUUCAGGUCCUUCUGUUGAACUCUAAGGUGAUGCCAGCAAAGCUAAGGAACUCUAAGCCUUCCAUGUUCUGUAUCUGCCACAGAUUCUUCCACAGAGGACUCCUGCACAGGAAGAUGCCUCACCAUAUGUUCAAACCUUCUAUGGUGGUUAAUCCUGUAGAAUAGAGUGUUUGGCCCUGUGCUCUGACAUUCCUGUAGAUUGAACGAUAAGCAUGUCCUCACAGGUGGCGCAGUGGUAGUGCUGCUGCUUUGCAGUAAGGAGACUGUGGAAGAUUGUGGGUUCGCUUCUCGGUUCCUCCCUGUGUGGAUAGCGCUUUGAGUACUGAGAAAAGCGCUUUAUAAAUGUAAUGAAUUAUUAGUGAAUGAGCUUCAUUUUUGUAUCAUGCUAAUGGUGCAGAUCGACAAGAACUGUGCACUGACUGAGAUUGCCUGUCAGAGUCAUCCUUGCCAUUAUGGUGCAUUUGCACAUUGGCAAUCAAUAAAAAAAAACAAUAAUUCAGAACAAGAUGCAAGGCCAUCCAUUAAACAUAAGAGAUUGUUGAGCAAUAGGUCUGAGUGGGAGAAUAUUAGUGGGUCAGCCCUGUCUCUGGUGAUGAAUAUGCUUGCCAUUACACUCUUUUGGUCACCCAUGGAGGAAUAUCUGACCUGAAAGAGCACAGUGCAGGUGCUACUCACGUCCAAGCAGCUAAAGAACAAAUGACACAAAGUGGAAUCGCUCUGUUCCUUUUACCUCUCUAAGACAUCCCUUAAUGCAGACAUGGCAUGUUGUUGUUUAAUUGUAUGUUGCCUACAGUAGCCUGCAUUCUACCAUAACCAAUAAAACUAGGCAAAUAUCUGUGCAAAUUGAUCAUGCUAAUAUUUCCAUUCAUUUGGGCUCAAAGUUAAACUAGUUAUACAACGUAUUUUUUGUUUACACUAGGGGGGGCAAGCCCCCUUCGGCGCACAACCCCCAGUUGCAGCCAAUCGCGUUGUGAAGAGGGGGGCUGAACACACCCCUAGAAGACGCGGCGCUCCUCCUAAACCCCCUCUUAAACGGUGAUGCAAUGGGAAACAAAUGAUUUUUUUUUUUUUUUUUUAAUCUCUUCUUUGCUCGAUCAGCUGCUGGCUUGCUGCUGCUGCCGUGCCGCAUGAUCUGCAUUUCGUGGAGCGGUUUAUUUCCGGCCCAGGCAUGGUUAAAUCUCUUGGUUAAGUCUUGUCUCGCGGGACGUGAGUUCUUGAUAUUUUUUAUAAUUUAAAAAUGGAAUAAGAAUUUUAAAAAUCUAACAUCAUCAAAUUAAAGUUCGACAAAUUCUGAAAAGAAUACCAAACACAUAUAUGUAGGUUUUAAAAUAAGCCUGAUUUAAAGCAUGACAAAAAAUGUGACAUAAAAACAUCACAUAAAAUCAUUGCACUUUUAGGCUUAGGAUUUAAUAUAUUGUGAAGAGGGGGGCUGAACACACCGUAGAAGACGCGGCGCUCCUCCGAAACCCCCUCUUAAACGGUGAUACAAUGGGAAACAAAGUGUUUUUUUUACCUCCUCUUUGCUUGAAUUAGCUCUGCUGCUGCUGCCAUGCCGCAUGAUCUCCUUCUCACGCUGGGCUUCGAACAUUUAAAAUUCUGUAUAGCAGCUGUCCUUUUGUCUUAUUGCCUUGUCUCACUUCUCCCCCAGACAUCCUCUGCUUUAUUAUUUAUACUUUAUUAUGUGUUUACGAAUAAAGUGUGUUUCUUGAAAACCCUGAA